GCAGUGAAAAUAGCUGGAUUGAGCUCGCCAAAAGAGGCACUCCAGCCGAUAAAUGCAGACUCGGGACUGCCCUUCAUAGACUCGGAAGAAGGCUCGGAGGGGGGCGAUGGCGAUCUGGAACCGUCUGUGCCGAGGUAUAAGACGAGCGUGGUGAGGGUGGAACCGACGGAGUUGAGAAUAUUCGCGUGA